CACCGAUCACCACGAUUGCCGGUGCACGUGAGUGCUUCCGUUUGUUAUAAAACAUCCCUCCGCCACAUGGCGACCACGCGCUGAAUGUCGCCGUCUUCCCCGAUGGAACCCUUCACGUUCGCCAGCUCGUCGCAGCUGGAUGUGCCGGUGGGAGUGAAGGUGAACCGCCUUGAAGGUUUUGAGAAGCCUUUGCCAUAUUCAACACUGCUGAAGCGGCCUGACCUUCGCCAUCGAGGCAGCAACCUCAGUCCGCACUCCGAGCUGUACAUUACUGUCACGCCCUACUGCGACUCCAAGCCCUUGACAGUGCCUGCUCAGACGCCCUAUCGGCACUUCCGUACUGCACGGGUCUGGAAUCAGUGGCUAUCGUUGCCCAUCGACUACAGCAGUUUGCCUGUCAACACCCAGCUGGCCAUCACGGUGUGGGAUUUGUCGCCAAUCAAUCCGAAGGGCGGCGACAAGAGCCACCACAUCCCUUUCGGAGGCACCACGAUCUCACUUUUCGAUGACGAUGGGACACUGAGGACAGGUCGGCAGAAGUGCAAGAUCUGGAGGCACAGGGCUGCGGACGGCUUCUCCGAUACGUCUACUCCUUGGCUAGAGCCACGCAAGCGCGGUCGCCGCGGUCAGCCAGAGGAGCCUGUCAUCGUCAGCGAGAAACAGGGCCGCAGAGAUGCCGAACUCGAACGUCUUGUCGCACUUAUGAAGAACCAUGAGAUGGGCGAGAUCUCGGAAAAUCGAUGGCUCGACCAGAUGGUGUUUCGACAAGUCGAGAAACUAGAGAGACAGCAGAUCAAGGACUCCAUGAAACCACGACAUCAACUCUCAUCAUCUAAUGGCACGGCUAAUGGAGAGUCUCCCGAGGAUCGAUGUGCCGAAGGGGAUCCAGACCACGUGGAUGGCACCUUCUACCUGUAUAUCGAAUUCCCACGAUUUGAUCAUCCCAUUGUGUUCGCUGAUUACGAAUAUGCUCCUCCGCCAAUCUCGUCCAUACAGGCGCCGCUGGUGCCGAACGCUACGGGCGUCAACUUCAAGCCUCCUCCUGAGGUUCAGCUUGGGCCUGGCAUUCAUUCAGAUGGAUUGAGCGACACGGAUGGCGGUGGAAAUUUGAUCAGUGUCUAUGAUCCCGAGCUAGGAUACGCCGACAACCCUACAGAGACGAAGCACCGCAGGCUUAUUCGUAACCAGCAACAUGCUUUAGACCGCGACCUGAAACCUAACCCGAAGAUGCGUGACUUCCUCAACCGCAUCAUGUCCCACGGGCCAACGGUUGACCUGACUGACAAGGAGAAGGACGAAGUCUGGCGCUUCCGACAUCACUUGACACGGGAUAAGCGAGCCCUGACAAAGCUAGUCAAAUCCGUGAAUUGGAACGAGCCGACCGAGACUAAAAAUGCCAUUGCAUUGCUGCCAAAAUGGGCUGAGAUUGAUGUCGACGAUGCGCUCGAGCUUCUUGGUCCCAGUGUGCGUAAUCCCUCGGUGCGUGCUUACGCAGUGGACCGCCUGCGCAAGGCUGAUGACGAAGAGCUAUUGCUCUAUCUUUUGCAACUUGUCCAAGCCUUGAAAUUCGAGCCAGCCCGGUCGCGCGAAGAGGACGAGAGCGACUCUUCUCUCGCUUCAUUCUUAAUCGCCCGCUCAGCAGCGAACUUGAAACUUGGUAAUUUCCUACAUUGGUACCUGAUGGUAGAAUUGGACCUUGGAGACGAGGAUCCUUCAGCGGCCGCCAACAAAAAGCUGUUUGCGCGGGUGAGCUUUGACUUUCAGAAAGAACUUGAGUCGACCCCUGAAGGCAAGGCACGACGUAAAGUGCUGCUGCGACAAGGCGAGCUCAUCACUGUCAUCAGCAAAAUCAGCAAAGAUGUACAGUCGGGUAAAGGUGAUCGGUUGCGGAAGAUUGAGCACCUGAAGCGGGCACUGGCCGAUCCCAGGAAUGAGCUUCUCAACCUCGACCCUCCGCUGCCGCUGCCACUUGACCCAGAUGUCAAGGCUGUUGGCAUCAUACCCGAUGAUUGUAAUGUUUUCAAGUCUUCCUUGCUGCCAUUGCUGUUGAAAGUGAAGACGGACAAGGGAGAAACAUAUCCAUUCAUUUUCAAGUCGGGCGACGACCUGCGUCAAGAUCAGCUGGUCCUGCAAAUCAUCGCACUCAUGGACCGCCUGCUUCGUAAAGAAAACCUGGAUCUGAAACUGACCCCGUACCGAACACUAGCCACCUCCACAUUGGCCGGCGCCGUCCAAUUCAUUGCUUCAAAGCCAGUGUCAGACAUCUUACAGGACCCGAAGUACAACAGCUCUAUACUCGGCUUUCUGAAAACUCACAACCCGCCUUUAUCCGGCGCUGAAUCCAUCCUUGGCGUGCGUAAAGAUGCAAUGGACAACUACGUCAAGUCUGUUGCAGGAUAUUGCGUGGUGACCUACCUACUAGGAGUGGGUGAUCGUCAUCUUGACAAUCUGCUGCUGACAGAGGAUGGCCACUUCCUCCACAUCGACUUUGGCUAUAUCCUCGGACGUGACCCAAAGCCGAUGGCACCUCUAAUGAAGCUCUCUCGCGAGAUGAUCGAGGGCAUGGGUGGCGGCACUGCCGGCGCAGCAUCCAGUGAGAGCCAGUUCGACACUUUCAGACAGUACUGCUUCACCGCCUAUACCACACUGCGUCGACAAAGCAGUCUGAUUCUCAACCUCUUUGCUCUUAUGCAGGACGCAGGCAUUCCUGGGCUUGCCAUAUUUGGGGACCAGGCUGUGAGAAAGGUUGAGGAAAGAUUCAAGCUGGACGUAAGCGAAGAAGAUGCUGUCAGAUUCUUCUCGGAGAUGAUCGACAGAGAGAUUGGUGCGUGGGGUCCGGUGCUGAUCGAUAAGUUGCAUGGCCUCACUCAAGGCUGGAAAUCAUGAUGCUCCACAUCAAUGUUGACAUUGAUGCCCUCAGCUCGUUCUUGAGACUAUGCACAUGUGGUCACUGCAAAAGAUGCGGCGAGAAGCAUUGCUACGUGAACGUAAUAUCAAGCCCAGGUAAGCCUCAACUAUGGCUCCUGGAGGAAUGGAUGUGAAGCUGAAUGGGUGAAGAGAAGGACAUGAUUAUGGGAGCAUUGUCAUGUGAAGUUCGGGAUACCUGCUGUGGCAGACCAGCGUUCAGUCCCCGACAAUUGCCGCGCUUGGCGGCAGGAGAUGUCUCUCGGCCGCUGUUUGCCCGUUGAGCUCACAACAAGCUGCCAUGUGGGCGCGAAUUCGCAGCCCUCGACGCGAGUCUGUGCCCCACUAUCGCGCCUUGGGGGUGCUUGGGGUCGUCCAAGUUAUCCAA